AUGGUUUCCAUAUCCACUCCUUCCCGCAACCGCAAGCAUGAUCCUUUGAUGAGCGGUCCCACACUGCCAUUCUUAUAUUUCUGUUUGGGUGCCAUGUUCAUGUCCCUCUUUGGUCGGUUGAGUACCAUGAUGAAUGUCUCUUCUGGAAAGGCCUAUUCGAAUGAAUUGGAUCCCAAUGCCGUAUUGAAUGACCUUCCUGGUGGUAAUCCUCACAAUCGUCUUCAACAACAACAAGUAGGUGAAGUCGAAGGAGGUUUGCCCAAUACCAAUCCACAGCAACAAUAUCAAUACUUGACGGACGAAUUGCAAAAGAAGCAGCAUUCGUACUUGGAAUUGGAAACCAAAUACAAAGAGGCUCAAGCCCAAUUGCAAUCCCAGCAAGAGAAGAUUGCCAAAUAUGAAAGUGUGGUGGACGAAUUGUACAAAUCUCGAAGACGGUACGGACAAAGCGAAGAGCAAAAAGAAUCCUUGAAUUCCACCUUGUUGGAAGUGGAAGAGAAGAUUGAUAAAGUCCGAUCCAUUUUGCGAGGGGGGAACAGUCAAGAUGGUGGUAGUGCGAGAUGA